AUCAUUAAAAUAUGUUGAGCAAUUUGCGAAUUGUGACAGAUGUCAGUUAAGAAGAAAAUUUUUAAUUUCGAAUUAACAGUAAUUUUUAAUUUAUUGCGCAAUAUCUUGCAAAAAUAAUGUAAUCUUGAAUCAGGCUUUGACUUGUGGAGUGUGGAUAUAGUAACCAAUAGUAAAUCAAUCUAUGUGCCCCUUUGGGGCCAAUAAUUAGAAUUGGUUACAAAAUGAUGAAUGUUUAGUUGUAGAGGUAUUUAGUCUACACUACACGUUCUAAUUGUAACAACCGGUUUUCACCAUGUCGUUCCACAACAAUCAAUUGAAUAUGAAUUUUAAUUCAAAUUAUGAAGCUCAUACUUACAACAGUGCUCAAAGUUCGGAAUUCUCCAAUUUGAGAGAAAUACCUAAUCAAGUUGUUGAUGUGAGAUACUCUACUUUAGAGCCUACGGCUCAAGAAUUUCAUCCUAUGAAUCAAACGACAGAUUCCUCAAAUGGAGCUAUCAAGAAAACAUCUCGAAAUGAAAAGAAUCAGUAUAAAGGCAAAGAAAAAAACAGACGUAGUUGGUAUGGAAGUGGUAGAACAUUUAAUGGUUCGAAACGUGAAUACUUUAAUAGAAAUGAGAGUAGUAAAAACGAAGAACAAAAUAAUCCUCAAGAUUGUGCAAGUUUUUCAGAUAAAUCAAAUCAAGAUUUAUAUGGUGAGGAUAAUUUACCUACCCAUAGUCACAAUUCCUCCAAAUUUCAGAAAGAAAAAAAUUCAGGCCACUCACAAUCUAGACAUUUUGAGAGAAAUCUAGAAGCAAGUAGUAAACAAUAUGGAAAUAGAAAUAAAUAUAAAGAAAAUACAAAGUCAGAUUACCAAACAUCCAAUGUUGAUAGUUUCCGAUCAUAUGAAAAUUCAAAUAGGAAUUAUAGAGGAAGUAGUAGAAGUUAUGACAAAUUUUAUAAAAUUAAUAAUAAAUCUGAAAAAAGUAAUAACUAUUAUGAAAAAUCUGGAGGAAAUGGUACAUAUGAUAAAUAUAAUCGAACUGAUAACUAUUACGAUAGUUCAGGCAGAAGUUAUACCAAUAAUUAUUCUUAUAGGAAAAAUAGUAAUAAUUCUUUUGAAAGGAGUAAUAUUGAUCAGUUUGAAAAUGAUAGUUAUAAGACACAAAAGAAUGAGUAUCACAUUGAUGAGUUUAAAAGUGGUUUUAGGCCAUAUGUUGGUAAAAAUGAUAAAUACUUAGAAGGAAAAAUACGAAAAGAUUGGAGGAUGCCAACUAAUUCCAAUAAGCAUUCCAAGGAUUCUGCAACAAAGAUUAAGAAGUUUGAUGCAGCAUCCCAAAGGGAAAGGUUAGAAGAAAUGUUAAAUCGCCGACUUCUAGAAUGCCUUGUAUGCUGUGAAAAAAUAAAGCAUACUGAUAAAGUCUGGAGUUGUUCCCAGUGUUAUCACAUUUUACAUUUACAUUGUGUGGCUGCUUGGGCAAAAUCCUCCAAAAUGGAAAAUGGUUGGCGUUGUCCAGCAUGUCAAAAUAUGUGCACCGAAGUUCCAAACCAGUACAAAUGCUACUGUGGCAAAACAGUUGAUCCUAAAUAUACUCCAGGAGUUAUUCCUCACGGAUGUGGAGACAUCUGUUUAAGAAAGGGACGAGCCUGUGAUCACAAAUGCACCAUCCUUUGCCAUCCAGGCCCUUGCCCUGAUUGUGACGUAAUGGUUGCCAAAUCUUGUGGAUGCGGUCUUACAAAACCUGUCGUAAAAUGUAGCGCUGAUGUAGAAAUAGUAUGUAAUUCCAUUUGUAAUAAGAUUUUAAACUGUGGCAUACAUAAAUGUAUCUCUGUAUGUCAUCCUGGAGAUUGUAGCCCAUGCUCCGAAAAUAUAAUACAAGAAUGUUAUUGCGGAAAGCAAGGUAGAAAAGUAUUAUGUUCGGCUGAAUUUUGUGGUAGAACCAAAUAUACUUGUGAAGAUAUAUGUGAGAAGAUUUUAACUUGUGGCAAUCAUAAAUGUCAGAGAAUGUGCCACGAAGGUCCAUGCGAUCCUUGUGCCAGAGAUGUUAACCUGGUGACAACUUGCCCUUGUGGUAAAACUCCAUUAGAUAGAAGCAGAAGUUCCUGUUUGGAUCCUAUUCCUUGCUGUGAUAAG